AUGGGGGAGGCUGGGCAGGUGGGCGUGGGCAUGGGCGUGGAGCAGUAUGGAUUCAUAAAUACAUGCCUGAAGUCUCUUGUGAUUGACAAGUUUGGUGAAGAGACAUGGGACAAAUUGAGGAUGCUGGCAGGGGUACAGGACACAUUCAUGACCUAUGAGAUCUAUGAUGAUACCCUCACUGUACGGCUAGUGCAGGAAGCCUGUAAAAUGCUUGACGUGUCCUCUGAGGUGGUCCUCAAGCUGUUUGGCGAGUACUUCUUCAGCUUCUGUAAAAUGUCCGGGUACGACACCAUGUUGCGGACACUGGGGGGUAACUUGGUGGAGUUCAUUGAGAACCUGGAUGCCCUCCACAGCUACCUUGCCCUGUCCUACCAGGAAAUGAAUGCACCUUCUUUUCGUGUGGAGAAGACAGAGGACGGGAAAAUGUUACUACAUUAUUACUCUGACCGGAAGGGGCUCUGUCAUAUUGUACCAGGCAUUAUAGAAGCAGUAGCCAAAGACUUCUUCAACAGCGAGGUGCACAUGACCAUUCUUGACCAGUCAGAGGAGGACGAGCGAAUGGGGAAGAGGGAGCAUGUGGUUUUCCUGGUUGUGGAGAAGACCAGUACCUUCAAGAAGAAAGCUCAACAGAUGGGGGGCGCUAACUCUGCUGCUCAAGAGCAGGACAGAAAGCAACGGGAUGAGACUUUCCUGAAAAUGAAGACCCGGUAUACCAACCUGCCGCUGUGUCCCAGGAAAAGGGCACCGUGGGAAAUCGUGAGGAGCAUCGUCAAAUUUGGGAGAGGGAGUCUGAUAAAUUCUUUCACCCCAAGCUACCCGCCGAAGCUGUGGAUUGAGGAGCAGACGUUCUGCAACGCGUUCCCCUUCCACAUCGUCUUUGACGAGAACCUCAAGGUGAAGCAGACUGGGGUGAACAUCCAGAAGUUUGUCCCUGGACUCCAGACUAUGAACAUCAGACUGGAUGAGUACUUCAGCAUCACUCACCCACAGGUUCCCUUCAGCAUUGAGAGCAUUCGAAAGUUUAUCAACAGCCAGUUUGUCCUGAAGGCGCGGUGUGAGAUGCUGCCGAAAUCGGCCCAGCAGCAGUCCGUACUCAAGCUCCGAGGUCAGAUGGUGUGGAUGGCAUCGCUGGGCUGCAUGCUGUACCUGUGCUCGCCAAAGCUGCGCAGCUUGCAGGAGCUCGAGGAGCGAGGCCUGCACAUCGCCGACAUUGCGCAGCACGACACCACGCGUGACCUCAUCCUGCUCAACCAGCAGCGGUUGGCUGAGAUCGAGCUCUCCAACCAGCUGGAACGGAAGAAGGAGGAGCUGCGCAUCCUCUCUCACCACCUGGAGGUGGAGAAGAAGAAGACCGAGACAUUACUAUAUGCCAUGCUGCCUCGCCACGUGGCCAACCUGCUCAAGGAGGGCAAGAAAGUGGAAGCCGGAGAGUUUAAGGUGUGUACGAUUCUGUUCAGCGACGUUGUGACCUUCACCAAUAUCUGCGCCGCAUGUGAACCUAUCCAGAUAGUGAACAUGCUCAACUCCAUGUACUCCAAAUUUGAUCGGCUGACCAACAUCCACGAUGUGUACAAGGUGGAAACCAUUGGGGAUGCCUACAUGGUGGUGGGCGGGGUUCCUGUUCCAACUGAAACCCAUGCAGAGCGCGUGGCAAACUUUGCCUUGGGCAUGCGCAUCGCUGCCAGAGAGGUGACUAAUCCCAUCACCGGAAAGCCAAUCCAGAUCCGGGUGGGUCUUCACACUGGUCCCAUUUUGGCCGGGGUGGUUGGGGAGAAGAUGCCGCGGUACUGCCUCUUUGGGGACACAGUCAACACUGCAUCACGAAUGGAGAGCCAUGGCAUCCCUGACCACAUUCACCUCAGCCCCACCACACAGAGUGCACUUAAGGGCAAAAGCUUUGAAGUCAUAGAAAGGGGAGAGAUCCAAGUGAAGGGGAAAGGCAUGAUGACAACCUACUUCCUACUGAAGAACCUGCACCUCUCUGAGGAAGAAAUAAUGGGCAAGAAGACAGAGGAACUUUGCGUGUACAAUGACAGCCAGCAGGAGACUCAAGAGUCCAGACCAGUCCUUCCCUGCCAAGCUACCUCAGUCGAGAGCCCCAAAGGGGCCCCCAUGGCCGUGAUUCCCACAGAAUAUCAAGACCUCAGCGAGAUCUUCAGUAAAACCCAAGCCGCUGCGCUUCUCCCUCACCCUCCCUGGGAUUGUGCAAUUGAUCUCCUGCCUGGCAUCACACCACCACGAGGGUUCCAGUUCACCGUGUCGUACCGGCCAGGUUCACGGAAUACCAAAGCCGAUACCCUGUCGCACCUCCACGACAGCAACCCAGCUUCCAAGCAUCCCAUGCCCAUCCUACCCAUGAACUGCAUCGUGGCUUCAGCACCCUGGCAUCUGCUGGAUACUCUCCCUCCAACAGGGGAGGUUCUGGUGGAUGUCAAUGCGGGAGAACGCCCAGGAAAAUGUCGAGGCCUGUGCCAUCUGUGCCCAGAUCAGGACCCCGACCCAAAAGCCUGCAGGACUGCUAGAACCCCUGCCUGUGCCCUUGCGCCUCUGAUCCCAUGUGGCCGUGGACUUUCUGGUCGAUCUGCCCUCAUCAGGAGCCUAGAGGACAUCAUAUCAGACCUGGGCCCCCAGUUCACCUCGCGAGUAUGGAAAGCCUUCUCGGGUAGGUUGGGAGUGUCCGUGAGCCUCACCUCUGGGUACUGCCCCCAAGCCAACGGCCAGAUGGAGCGACUGCAGCAGGACAUCGGCCAGUACCUCCACAGCUACUGUGCGCAGAAAUGGCACCAGUGUGUUCAGUUUCUCCCAUGGGCUGAAUAUGUCCACAACGCUCUGACCCAUACGUCCACAGUGGACGACUGGUACAAGGAAAGCAGCGAGACCUGGCAAACCGUCAGGGUCCAGGCAGCUAGUGGUGAUGCACCACCUCCUCCGGUGCAGGUAGACGGAGGGCCCGCCUACUCCAUAAAGCUUUACUGGACACUCGACAGCGGCACGGGGGCCUACAGUAUCUAG